UUGCUGCCGGCAAUUCAGUUCAGUUUUAGUUGUGUUGCUGGCGACGAGUGACACACCGUAAAGCAAAAAGCAUUAUAAGAACGAAAGACGACAAUCGAAACAGAGAGAAAAAAAGAGCAGAAACAAAAGAAAAGAAAAGAAAAAACACGAAAUAUAACAAUAAUUUAGUUCUAAACUGGCAAACGGGUCGUAUGCGUAAUCGUUCACACACAAAAGAAAAAACACAGACACACAAACACACACAAACAAAUAGAAAUACAUAAAUCUGCAUUAUUAGUGACCUUAGACAAUGCCCAAUAAUCGUAAUCGUAAUCGGAACCGAAAUCGCAAUAAACGCAAUCGAAAUCAAAAUCAACAGCAAACGAAACAAGAGCCACAGCAGGAGCAGGAUCAGGAACAGGAACCCGAGGAGCAACUAGAGCAGCCAAAGGAAGAAAGGGAGCAACAAGAGGAAACGACGCCAGCAUUAUUACCUACAUUAGAUGAAAAUGAAAAUUCUGGCAGCAAUUCAAAUGGGUCGAGCAGCAGCAGCAAUACUUCUGAUGCUCAGCAGGCUCUAACGAAGAAGACCCCCAGCCACGAAGAGGCAACGAGAGUGACAGUUGAGGCGGAUGUGGUGAGUGCACAACAACAACAACAAGUCAUCAACAACAACAACAGCAGCGACGACGACGACAACAACAACAACAAAAUGGGUGCGAAAAAUUCCAAGCAUCAGAAGGAAAAACGUGAAAAGUCACAGGAAAAACUGGAGGAAAAGCACGUGGAACAAUCAUCAACAACAAACGAUAAACCACCAGGCAGUCCACGACAAGUCAGGGUCAUAGUUCAUCGCAUAGUAAGGGAAGAUGAAACUGACUUUGCACGAAAUGAUACUCAACAGCAACAAGAAGAGGAUGAGAAACAAAAAGUUGCAGCACAGGAAGAGCAACUUAAAGUUGAGCAACAACAACAAUAUAGUCGAGAACAAGAAGAGGUGGAUUUGUUAAUUAAGACAUUACAGCAACCUGAGAUUAAACAGCAAUUAGUCAAAGAAGAGGAAACCCCUCAGCAACAGCAAAGUUUCCCUCAGCAAUCAGAGACUAUUGCACCAGAAAAACUGCAGAAAACUGAAAUCGUUAAAGAAACCCAAGAGCAACAUGUGCAACAAAAGCAACAGCAUAAAAUAGUACUACAUAAAAUACAACUGGAGCAAGAAGAACCUCAAAGUUCUAAGGUUUACUCAGAAGAGACUAACAAAGUUGAAAAACUGCAACAAACUGAAAAAGAUGAAGAACAUAAGCAUCAGCAACAUAUUCCACUGCAACAGACAGAGGAACCGCAUAAAGUAGUACUACAUAAGAUACAACUAGAGCAAGAAGAACCGCAGCAACCACCUCCAACUUCUGUCCAGCAACAAUCUGAAUUUUAUGCAAGGGAAGAACCAACACAAGAGACGAAAAAAGUAGAAAAACUGCAACAAACUGAGAAUAUUGACGAAAAUCAAAAGCAAUAUGAACAGAAGCAACAUGUCCCACAGCAACAGGAGCAAAAGACAAAGGAACAGCAUAAAAUAGUACUUCAUACAAUUCACAUAGAACAACAAGGAACGCAGCAAUCACCACAAAGUUCUGAUCAGAAGCAAACAGUAGUUGACUUAAAAGAGUCAAAAGAUGAAGAACAACUGCAACAAACUGAAAAUCUAAAAGAAACCCAAAAGCAAACGGUUCAGCAGCAAUAUGAGCAGCAGCAACAUGUACCUCAGCAGCAACGGGAGAAGGUAGUGCAUCAUAAGAUUCACCAAGAGCAACAGCAGGAAUCGCCACCAUUGCAACGUAGUCAUAAGGUGAUCAUACAUAAGAUUCACAUUGAAACUGAUGCCGAGGAACGUGAGAGGAGAGGUAAGCCCACAAUUGAGGAGAUUAGCAGCACCACAAUUGGCACCGCUCAGGCGACAGCACCUAUUAACAAUACGGGGGGCACUCUAUCACCACCACCGCGAUAUCUAGUGGAAUCUCCUUCGCCAAAAACCACCAAAGACUUGAUACCAGCUCAAUUUUUGAAAUCCUCCUCGAGUGGCAUACAAAUUCAAGAAUUAGAAUUCAAUAGCGAUGCCAGUUCGGGAGAAUUCAACUAUCCACCACUGCAAUCGCCUUUGGUUAGUGAAGUUGAAUCCGAAACAGAGGCCACAACUCCCACUCAAUUGCCAAAGACAACUUCUUCGCCAGAUAUGUCGUCCAUUAGUCGCGCCGAGCAGCAAGAGCAAUUGCGUCAGAAGCGCGCCCAGAAGCGUAAUGCCCUGGAGACGCACUUUUUGCCGCAGUUGUUGAGUCCGCGCUAUUUGGACAGCAUAUUGGAGGAGAAUGGCGAUGGUUCGACAGCAGCAGCUGCAGCAGCAACAGCCGAACAAUUGCAUGCCAAGAGCAAUCAAAAUAGUUCCUCAUCAUCUGCUCAACGUAUUGCCAAGGCCAAUGAAAUGUUUCCGAAAUCUCAAUUGGAUUUCAGUCGUCGUCAUAAGCGUAGAGAAGAACCGGUAGCCCUAAUGCUAGAGACUCGUUUGCUGGAACAAUGCACAGAUGAUUUGGAAAGUUGCACCCGUCUUGAGAGCACUCUAUCGCCCCAAUCAGAGGAUGCUGAAUUGGUCUAUUUAAGCUCAUCGGCAUCGAGUAGCAUGUCCGAUUUGGAGUUGGAACUCGAACUCGAACAGGCAGCUGCUUUGGCCGAGCGUACACUUGUCGAUUUGGAUACAGAUGCUACCAAAUUAAUGGAGGGUAGCCAAAAUCAUGCUUCUACCGAUGCUGAUGAAAUGAGUAGCACAACAACAACAGAACCGGCAACGGAAACUGAAACAGAAACAGAAGUGGAAACCGAGGACGGUGGCGGCGAUGCCAAUGAGAGUCGUGAGAGCACACCUGUUAACCCGCAGCAGCAGCAGCAGCAGCAACAAACGACUGAGUCCCAAGCAGAUGGCUCUCUCUUGAGAACGACGCCUACGCCCACCACCACCACCAACAAUAACAACAACGGCAAAGAGGAGACGGUGGCGAAUGUAGCAAAAGAAAAUUCCGUCAGUUUGCAGGCUGCUUCAUCGCUGGCGGCCACGCGCGAGCAUUUCGUACGGAAUAUGGAUAAAGUGCGCGAAUUAAUCGAAAUGACGCGACGCGAAGAGGAAAUAAUCGAUAACGAAAAAACUGGUAUUACACCACAACGUUCACCCUCACCACCACCCCGGCCACCGCCACCGUUAGCCCAUCCAAUAUCCCCGCAGACCCCGCAUAAUGUUGUUGUGACUAACCAAAAUGUAGCACAGCUUCCAUCACUAAUUUCCGGUUAUGUGUUUAAUCGUCAAGAAUCAAAUGAAUCACAUUGUUCUGAUAGUACACAGCAUAGUCAAUGCACGGCUAUUAAUAUGGCUUCACCACCUCCACCACCGACACCUCCAACCAUUCAGCAGCUACAAUACCCGCCCAUACCACCACUACCCAUCCAACAACAACAACAACAACCACAACAACAAGAGAAACAACAACCAACACAGGAAACAAUUAAUCUAGUUGCAGAUAAUGGUCCUGAAUCGGAUUCUAUAAAGAAAUUACGUCUUCUAUGCACGGAAACAUUGGCAUCUAUGCCCUAUGGGGAACAAGUCUUGGAAGAAUUAGCCAAUGUGGCACAAAAUAUAUCAAAGGAUCAAAUUGCCAAUAAAAUGCCAUAUCCCAUGCCAGAUUUGCCCCACAUUCGGGAAUUGCAAUUGUCAACAAAAGAGAAUGAGAAAUAUACAACUACAACAACUUCCUCUGCUUGGCUUGGCCUACCCACCGAAGCUGAUCCCAAAUUGUUAGUAUGCCUGUCACCCACACAAAGGGAAUUGGUUGAACAACAGCAACAACCUAAAGCCGAUCAGCUGCUCGAUGAUCAUCAAAAGUUUAUGGAACGUCGUGGCUAUAAUGAGCUAAGCAAAGAACAAGUGAGAGUCAUCGACAAUGAGAAGCAAAUGGAACAGCAACAACAAAUGCUCAAUAUGGCAGCCAAGAUGCGAGAAUUGCGCAAGAGUUUGACGCCCACACCGCCGCCAGUGCCGAAAAAGAGUGCCGAAACGGCAGCCAAGGCAACAGCAACGGCAGCAACGGCGGCAGCAACAUCAUCAUCAAUUGAAAAUAAACCCAAAAAGCAAACAGUCGAACAGCAACAGUCGAGUCACAGCACCACCAGUCAAAUGUCAAGCACAACUACAAGCAGCACAACGGCCACCACAAAUGAUGGCCACAAUGGUAUAUCUAACAAAUUUCCCUCUUCAAUGGAGAGUGAAUUGGCACGCAUGUUUCCUAGUCUCCAGCAACAGGGUGACAUAUUUGCCGAGCAACGUAAACGUUUCUCAAAUAUCGAGAGUGAGAGUAAAAACUUUCCAGAACUAAAACUAAAUCAAAAUCAAAGUAAACGUUACUCCAAUAUAGAAACCAAAUCAUAUGAAUCGAAAAAACGUACAGAGAAUGGUCAGGUGAUCUAUGAUAUAACCAAUUCCAGUCACGAGAAACAAGUCGAGGGUGACAAGGAUCUGAGUAAAGCAGAUGAUGAGGUGAGACCGCCACCAAUACCACCGCCACCCAUGAUGUCAGAGACGAAAUUAAAUGGUAACACUCAGGCAAACACUUUCAUUAAGGAUGACGUCUUCAUUAAAAAUAGCCAAACUAAAGAUGAGAGCAAAAAUGCUGCUUCCACCUAUGAGGAAUUUCGGCAACGUGCCAAGGCUGCGGUUGAUGCCAUUGGACAGGGACAGAGUGGCCCUGGCUUGGAUACAGACAAUGUGUUCAAGGACUUCGAUCGUCUCUCACAGCAAUUGAAUCAGGAAUUGCAAUCGACGCGUGAGCAUCGACAAAAAUCUGCAUCACUCUACGAUCUCAGUGGUUUGACACGACAAACGAGUUGCCAAAGUCAACAGCAGUUGAAUCAGCUGAAACAACAAAGACAUGCCCACAUGCAGGAGCUGGAAAAGGAGAUAGAACGUUCGGCUAAAUCACGUAUGGAGCGUAUGUCAUCGGUGGAGCCGAAGACCUAUCAAAUACCCAUUGAAAUGGAAGCGAAUAAUCGUUCUCGUCGCUCCGAGUCAUUGUGUAAUCUAAAUGAGGUGCCCAGACGACCACAUACUUCGGCGGGCGUCUACAAAGAGGAAGAUGAUUGGUCACGUUAUGCCAGUGACUUGGGUUAUUCGGAGAACAUAGCUCGUCCAUUUGCCCGAGAAGUGGAGAUUUGCUAUCAGAGACAGAGACCCAAUCAUGGUGGCAUUAGGGCUCCACGUCUUUUAUCGGCCAGCUCCAAUGAUUUGAGUUCCUUUACUAGCUAUGAUAGCUUCAAUGCCUAUGGAGGUCGUAGGACCCAUGCUCCCAUGCUGAGUGAAGCUCCUCAGCAGCAGCAACAACGUCCACAAUAUGCUAGUUGUUAUUCCCUGAUUGAGCGUAAUCCCAAUCCUACUUAUAUAAGCACCACCUCGAGAAGAGGCACUAGUCCAGCCCCACCACAAGUAGCACCACCGCCUCCACCACCUGCCUAUGAUCGCCAACAACGACGCUCCAGUUUGCCCCGAGAACUCCAUGAACAGCAGCUGAAAUAUAUUCUCUCCAAGGAGGAAGAACUCAAACUGGAGGUGGAACGUUUGCAGCAUGAACGUCGUCGUCUGAUGGAGGAAAUGCAAAGAGCUCCUGUUAUAAAUCCCUCGCAGCGUAGGGAAAGCUAUCGUCCAACACCAAAGUUACCCACAUUGAGUGAGGAUGAGGUUUUCCGUCAACAAAUGGCUGAGGAAUGGAUGAACAAAGUGGCCGAGCGGGAUGAAAGAAGACAUCAAAAAAUCAUCAAGAUAUCAAAAAUCGAAGAUGAACCCGAACACUUGACCACAGAGCAAGCAAAUAUUAGCGAUGAGUUCCUAAAUCGUGUCAAGGAACGGCGCCAUAAACUAGCAAUGCCAGCGGAUAGCGAUUGGGAGAGUGGGGCAGAGUCUCAGCCGCAGGGCAAGGCGGGUCAAAGUGGUCCUGAAUCAGAACCCGAAACAUCUGUUCACAUACUCGAAGGCCAAACAGAGGCAAAUCUACGUCAGCUACCCAGACAUUUGAGGGAGUUUGCCAAGUUCUCAACCCAAGAACAAUUGCCCGAUGGCGGUCAGAUGGAGCAUCAUGAACAGCAGGAAAAACGUGAGGAUUUCACGGAUAAUUCGCAUUCGAGUGCCACCAAGAAAAGCAGCAUUAUCAAGACGUACAAGGUGUCGCGUCUGCCGCCUUCAGUCCAGGCGCAUCUGCCUGCCACAACGAUGAAUGUGAAAAUGCGACCACGCCCACAAAAGCAGACGAGAUUUCUGCUCAACCAGCAGUCUAAUCAUCAUCAUCAUCAUCAGCAGCAGCAACAAAAGCGACGCAGCUGGUCCGAAAGCGAUCUGCUUAAGGAAAUUGACAAUGAACUGCAACUGGCCAAGGGUUUUCUCUAUGCCAAUGUCUACCAAGUCAAGCACGAGUAUAUGAGCGAACCGGAAACGGAAUACGAUCGUCCACGCAAAAUGGCACAAUUAGGUCGACGGCAAUAUGAGGGCAUCGGUCCAGUGACAAACGAUGGAAUGCCCAUUAUCCUAAGAUCGGAGGUUCAGGAGCCGCAUCAACAUGAAUGGUAUAAACGUCUAUAUCAGACUAUACAUAAGCAGAAGAAUGGCGAUGAUUUUGUGAUACGCUACAAGUGUCCUCGAGCUCGACCAUCCUAUAAGAGCAACGGUUAUGUUUCAGAGCCCGAACCCAAUUACGAUUCCGAUUACUCAACUGUAAGGUAUCGCACACAGAAUCCUCAUCGAGUGCAGUCAGUAUCAUCGGCUGUUAAUGUGAGAAAUCUCAAUCAGGACGAGAAAUUAUAUGGUACUAUGCCAAAUCCCAUAAAAUCGGCACAGAAUUCAUAUAAAAAUCAACCUGGUCGCAUUGAGAACUAUACCACAGGUCACUCAUCAGUUUCUGAGAAGGAAAAGAAAGAGAACCUAGAACAAUCGAAACUCUCGCCACUCUACACAGAAGGCAAUUUGUCAAGAGCUUUGGCCAAAGAAUCUGGUUAUACCAGCGAUUCGAAUCUAGUCUUUCGCAAAAAGGAGCUAUCUUUUGGUAGUCCUUUGAGUCCUGUUGAGCAGAAGCAAGCCUACAAAAGCCUACAGGCCGGUGGAGAACCGCCCUUGCUUGGCUUCCGUAAGCCAGCACCCGAGAAACCCAAAGAAAUUGUCGAAGAAUUCGAAUUUAUACAGAUAACACCGACUCUAACCAAGAUACGAGUGAGCACUAAGGAGCUAAAAGAAGAAUCAGAAGAGGAAGAAGAAGAACCAGUUGUCCCUAAACCGCAGCCACCACCUCCUCCUCCGCCACCACCUCCACCGCCACUACCACCUCCACAAUCUUCAGCAGCGACAGGCAAAAACCAAGAUAAAAUGUUUUCCAACUUCUCCAAGAAUUUGCCCUCAUUUAUACCUUUAAGCAAGAAGCAGCAGCAGCAACAGCUGGAUCAACCUUCUAAUCCUCCAGCCCCACCAAGUCGUAAGUCUUCCUGCACCAAGAGCACAGUGCGUGUGUCGACUAAGUCCCGGCAUGAGCAAUGCUUCCAACCUCCUGGAGGCAAUGGUUCUACCAUCACGCUGCGUAAGGUUACCUCGAGCAGCUCGUCGCGCCGCGAACCCAUUUGCCGUUCAAAGUCCACGGGAGCUGUCUCCACUUUGUUGGCCACUCUAACGGCUACGAAGGAGACGCGUAAUAAAGACGGAUGCCUAACUCGAGUCCAGCAUCAGCACUCGCGUUUACGUUCCGUGAGUCCCAGUCGUCGUCGACCGCCGGCACGUAUCCUGUUGGCUUUGCGUCAAUCGAGCCGCAGUCCAGUGGCCUUUGGACGCAGCAUCUCCAAGGAGCGUAGUUUUGCCGAGGAGAAGAAACGUUUGGAGAAUACUCUGCCAGCGAAUCGCACAAAUUUCGAAGCAAGCACAAAUAUCUUGAGAGAUCCUCUGCUUAAAUCUCCACAGGAUGUACGCGAAGCAGUGCGUUCGUAUGCCACCUGUAAGGCGCAGCAUACUCGUAGCAAGUCUUUGCCGCGUCUACCUCGGCAAACAAACUCGACUGUGAGCACUACUACGCGUCAUACCAUGUGCUUUCCUCAGGUGCGUCCACAAAACUUACUAGAUUGCACACGUGCCCUGAAGAAGACUCCGAAGAAAGGUAAAAAUCAACCCAAGAGGGCGUCGAAUGAUAGUCUGCCGCGAAGCAAUUCUACUUAUUCUAUUGAUUCAAUGGUCAGAGAGGAGGAAAUCAUUUCGAUAGCUCCACCCAAGACUUAUGUGAGUAAGCCGAAGACCUCGCCGGCUCCCAAGUGUCUAAUGGGACCUGUUCCUCUGCAAAACAGUCGCAGUGAGGGACAUGUGCCGCGAAAGCAACGGCAAUUGGCCAAGAAGCAACCAUUGAGUGAUACGGUAAGAGAGAAAACCAAUUUCUGGAAUGACUACAACGCUAAGCAAGCCAUGUCUCUGCCGCAACAGUCAACUUCCGCAACUUCUGAGUACAAAUUCUGUUCCCUGGAACCGGAAGAUGUCUACGAUUGUGUUCUUCCACCGAAUAGCGGUUGCAUUGAGGAUCUCGUCUGGAAAUAUGAGAACAAAAAUGUGGGGGAAUCUCAAAUAAAGGGUAUAACAGAUAUAGCACGUCCUGUCUCACCUCAUCCGGACUAUGAGACCAAGUCUCUAGAUCGUCGUCGUUUCUCACCCACCCGUGAGGUGAGAGUACCCCAACGGGAAGUGCGUUCACCCUCUCGUCGUCGCAUUGAUAGUCUACGUUCCAAGGAGCAGGUAAUAGCCCGUGCCAGCAGUCUAAGCAGUGCCGAUGAUAGGGCUAAAAGAGGAGCAGGUGCAGGGUCGGCGGCACCAACAAAUGGCACAAUCUAUCAAUGUGGUGAUCUAGCCCACAGUGCCACCUCAUUGAAUCAGCACUUGGAACGACAUAGCCCCAGUUGUCGAUAUCGCAAUAAUUGUGAACGAUUCACCGAACUCAAUCGUUUCUAUAGCACUUUGGAACGAGUGGGUCAGCUGGAAAGGGCCACCUCAUCGAGCAACUUUCAUCCCUUGCGCAAGGAUGCCGAACUCUUGGACUUCGAUGAAUGGCGCAAGGUGCGUCUCCAUGAGCGUGCCGAAAAGGAACUCCAAUAUUUGGUGGGCAAAUUGCAAAUGGAUCAGCGUGAACGUGAUUUGCAUUUUCGUUCCAAGGAUAUCAAUGAUCUAAAAUGGCGUCACGAGGCCGAUCAAGCUCUGAGUGCUAAGAAAAAGUCCGUGGAAGACUUGCGUGAGAAUUUUGAAAAAUGGCAAAUCCUAAGACAAAAACAGCAGCAGCAAUUGGAGGUGGAACAGCCACAACAACGUCAAUGGCGUCGCAAUACAGUGGCUGACUUGGCCACCACUUUGGAACAUGAAUCGACUGUAGGAUCGUCAUCGACGCCUGCAACUACUGAGCGUCAUCUUAAUAAUGAGCUGGUAAGCACUUUGUCCAAGGAUCAAAUAAAGAAAAUAACACAACAGCUAAACGAGAUCUAUGCGGGAGGCAAUCGUGGUCAGAAACCUGCUAUAGAUGAGCAAUAUAUUGUAACUGUAGAGAAGACUUCAAACCAAAAUCAACCGCCAAAUACUCUGAAAGUACGUUGCAAUUCAAGCAUUACCAAGGAACAACUCUUGGAACCAGUUCUACGCAAAAGAGAUGAACAACAGCCGCGUGCCACACGCAGUCAGUCGCCCGUGGUUAUAGCCAGAGAAACUCGUGGAGCCAUAGCUGCUAAGAAUGCAGAACUAACCCUAACUAAGGGAGCACCCGAUGUGCCGCCAAGACCCAAACCGAUAGCCAGUUCAACUGUCAUUCCAUUAACGAAAGUUGAGCAAGCCGAAUCCCGAGAAGCUAGCGAGAACAUCAACGAAAAGAUUCAAUACUUUGAAGAACGACAAUAUGAUGAGCCACCCAAGACCAUUUAUCAUGCGCGUGAGGACUCCUCACCCGAUGAAGCAGAAGUUAUGCGUCUGAUCGAACAGAAUAUGCAGGCACGAAGGCAGCAGGCAAAACACAUUCAAAGCCAAAUACAGAUUCAGAAUCAGAGUCAGAAUCAAAUUCAAAGUCAUGUGGAAUUGAGCAACUCGCUGACCGAUUUGAGUGGCAUCUAUGGCGAACGACCAGCGGCAAGGGUAAAUUUUCAUUUGCACAGCCCACCCGUGAGGCCACCCGACGACGGCGAGCACGAACUAGUCAGCUUCGAGAAUGGUUCUGUGGAGGAUCCUCAUCAUCAAAGCGGCAGCAUUGAGCUCUACGAUUCAUAUUAUCGUUCUCGCAGUCUUUCACCCCAAUCUCAGGUGUCGGCUUGCUCUUCCAGCUCCUAUCUGCAGAGAGUCUACACAGGAGAAGUGCAGAAAAUUAAAGAAAAAUUUGAAAGCAUUCAGAGUGAGAAACUUACAAAUGAUUUUUUUGGGCUUAGUUCGCUGCGGAAGGCGCGCAGCGAUCCUGAAUUCAAUGCAGGAUCAAAAGACGCCUUGGCUUCUGCAACGGAAACAGAGCCACAGAGGAAGACAAUAAUCAAACAAAUCUCUCAUUCACCAUCGCCCACAUUGGACGCGUCGAGAGGACGCCGUCGUCAACGUGCCUCACGUCUAAUGCCCCACAUUGAUAUCAUUAGCAAGACGGCGGCUCUGAAGAAGGAAUUACCACCACCACCCCCAAAAGUGGUUAGUCCAACGCGUAGUCUUAGCAGUAAUAGCAACUAUAUAGAACGUCUCAAGAGUCGCUAUGAAUCAACGAGUGAAGCUGCCACCCUUCAUUAUCUGUCCACCUCCCAUCCGGAUCUGAGAGAUGUCCAUGAGAGUAUUUCGCCACACCUAAGUGCCAAUUGGGUGGCUCACAAGCAUCCCCAUCCCGAACGUCUAGCUCCACCACAACCCAAGAAACCUCAACGACUAACGCCAGCGGCGACAAGGGCCAAGUCUACUUCUCCACCACGACCAGCUAAAUCGUCACUACAUCAACAGAAGAAGUCACUGCGUGACGACAUCUUUGCCAAUCAAAAGUUUGAUCCACAAAAGCAUCGCCCCAAAGCACGAUAUGUUCCCGAUGGUGCCCCCGCUUCCGCUCCGGCUCCGGCUCUGGCUCCCAAACCAGCGACUACUCCUCUACGUGGUUCUGGUGUUGGUACCUUGGAACGCCUCAAAAAAGCUGGCAUGGCGGUAACAUUCAAAGAUGUCAACAUCCAUUUCAAGACACCCGUAAGGCAUGAAUAUAAGCAGAAUAUAAGCGAAGAGGAGUUAGCAAUACGUCAAGCGGAGCAUAUGCAAAAACUAUAUCAAGAGGAAAGAAGACGCAAAUAUCUACAGGAGCUGCAGGACAUGAAUUCACGUCGGCAUACAGAUAAUUUCACACCCUCACAGAAAUCGCCCAUAGCUUUGAAUCGCUAUGACGAUUUUCCCACAGAUGUUACACUUAAAUCUCUAGUGGGACCCAAAACAGUGGCCAAAGCCCUCUACAAUUUCCAGGGACAGACCUCCAAGGAACUCUCCUUCCGCAAAGGUGACACCAUCUAUAUAAGGCGACAGAUUGAUGCCAAUUGGUUUGAAGGUGAACAUAAUGCCAUGAUUGGUUUGCUGCCAGCCAGUUAUGUGGAGAUUGUUAGUAGAGAUGGUGCUCGUACUCCAGCCAAACGUCCCUCGGAGGGCCAGGCACGUGCCAAAUAUAAUUUCCAGGCGCAAUCCGGCAUUGAGCUAUCCCUAAACAAAGGCGAAUUGGUGACACUCACACGACGUGUCGAUGGCAAUUGGUUUGAGGGUAAAAUAGCCAAUCGUAAAGGCAUCUUCCCAGUGUCGUAUGUAGAGAUACUCACCGAUAUUGGAGCAGAGGAUAUAGCGGCUAGAACGACAACCACCGUGAUUAACAGUCAGAGUACCACAAAUUUGCGACCCAAUUUAGAUGUGCUGCGCACAAAUAUCAACAAUGAGUUCAAUACUAUAACCCAGAAUGGUGCCCAACCACCGAAUGGCAUACUGAAGGAUACGCGAGGAUUGCACAAAACCGAUGCCCUCCAUGUGGAUACCACCUCCGAGCCAGUGGCUUAUCGCGCCCUCUACAAAUACCGGCCACAAAAUUCCGAUGAGUUGGAACUGCUGGAGGGUGAUCUGGUGCAUGUUUUAGAGAAAUGCGAUGAUGGCUGGUUUGUGGGCACCUCACAGCGUACAGGCUGCUUUGGCACAUUCCCUGGCAACUAUGUGGAACGUGCCUAAUCUAAUUACAACCCGGUAACCGAAGGAUAUUUAAAUUGUCUGGCCUUGUCGUCUCAUCGUUUCUGCCCCCUAAAAUAAUAAUACUAUAAAUGUUCAUCUCUAAUCUUAAAAAGAAUUUGUAGUCUAAUCAUAUAAUUUUGAAUAUUAACUAGAACGAUUUGAGCGAUGAUGGGUCAAGAAAAGAAAGCAGCUAAAUGGAAAAACAAAAACAAACAAAAAAACACGUUAUAAUUUAAUUAUUUUAUGUUGUUGUUAAAUUCUUCUUCUUAUCUUCAUUCUCUUUAAUUUACAAUAAUGUAAAACUAUUUAUUUAUUUUUAAAACAAAAGCAGAGCAUUAAUUAUAUGAAUGUUGAAAUUAUAUUUAACCUA